CCCAGGGGCCGCCUUUGCGGUCCGGGGAUGGAGAAGGCCUUGAGGGUCGUAGUUCUAGAAGCCGACCUCAAGCUUAGCUCCUGCCUAUUGAACCCGCCCUGAAGAGACUACAACUCCCCGAGUGCACCGCGGUACAGGCCGCAAAACUUGGGAGUGUUGCGCGCUUAUUCAGGGCGGGUAGGGGCAUGACGGGAGUUGUAGUCUGGAGCUCAAGCUGGGCGUUGUGGUUCAAAGGAAGUGGGGCGUAUUGGUAGCAGCGAUGCGGCGCGUUGUUUUUGUGUUAUACGGAGCAUACUGGGUACUUAAUGCCAGUUGUGGCUGCUGAGGCCCCCUAGCGACCGUGGUGUGGAGCCUUGUGGGACUUUAAGGGAGCGGAAGUCCUCAGGCCCUGCAGAACUGGGGUGGUAUCAGCAAAAGCACAAAAUCUGGGCAGGAGCUAGUAAUCCAGGUUCCAGUGGUGGAUGUGCAAAGUGACAACUUCAAGGAGAUGUGGCCAUCCCUCCUUCUGGCCAUAAAGACAGCCAGUUUUGUGGCUGUGGACACGGAACUUAGUGGGCUUGGGGACAGAAAGAGUUUGCUGAACCAGUGCAUCGAGGAUCGUUACAAGGCGGUGUGUCAUGCUGCCAGAACCCGUUCUGUCCUCUCCUUGGGCCUCGCCUGCUUUAAGCAGCAGCCAAACAAGGAACACUCCUACCUGGCCCAGGUGUUCAAUCUGACUUUGCUCUGCAUGGAGGAGUAUGUCAUAGAACCAAAGUCUGUGCAAUUCCUGGUACAGCAUGGCUUCAACUUCAACAGGCAGUAUGCCCAGGGUAUUCCCUACCACAAGGGCAACGACAAGGGUGAUGAGAGCCAGAGCCAAUCAGUGAGGACUCUGUUCCUGGAGUUAAUCCGGGCCCGCCGGCCUCUGGUAUUACACAAUGGUCUUAUAGACUUGGUGUUCCUGUACCAGAACUUCUAUGCACAUCUGCCCGAGACCCUGGGAACCUUCACGGCUGACUUGUGUGAAAUGUUCCCAGCUGGCAUUUAUGAUACCAAAUAUGCUGCUGAGUUUCAUGCCCGCUUUGUGGCCUCCUACCUAGAAUAUGCUUUCCGGAAAUGUGAGAGAGAAAAUGGGAAGCAGUGGGCAGCUGGCAGCCCACACCUUGCCCUGGAGUUCUGCAGCUAUCCUUCUAGCAUGAGGGCCCAUAUUGACUACCGCUGCUGCAUGCCCCCUACAACCCACCGUCCUCAUUCCAGUAGCAUCUGUGACAACUUUUCGGCCUAUGGCUGGUGCCCCUUGGGACCACAGUGUCCUCAAUCCCAUGAUAUUGACCUCAUCAUUGACACUGAUGAAGCAGUGGUAGAGGACAAGCGACGGAAGCGACGACGGAAGGAAAAACGGCGGAGGGCUUUGAUGGGCCUUUCUAAAAAACAGACCUUGGGAGAAGUUGAGGAUGGCCCUCCCACAAAGCAGGUCUGUGGAGAUGGCGUCAAGGCUGAGGAAAUUGAGCAGGUGGUGGCUGAGGAUGAGACACAAGACCAGCCUGGCUCUGAGCAAGGUUGUAAAAAUGAGUUGGAGUUGGAUCUUAAGGCAUCAGUGCCUGAAACAACUGACAUGGCUACCUCAGAAGAGCCAGCAAGUCAAGCCAGUCCCAACCCAGUGCCUGGAGAUGGACUGCAUCGGGCUGGUUUUGAUGCCUUUAUGACAGGUUAUGUGAUGGCCUAUGUGGGCAUGAGCCAAGGACCCCAAACCUCUAGCUCUGGACCCUGGCUACCUGAAUGCCACAACAAGGUAUACCUAAGUGGCAAAGCUGUACCCCUCACAGUGGCCAAGAGCCAGUUCUCCCGUUCCUCCAAAGCCCACAACCAGAAGAUGAAGCUGGCUUGGGGCAGCAGCUGACAUGCAGCAACCUUAGCACUCAGGGCACAGGAAGAGAAGCUAAAAGUGGAACAAAGGAAUCGUUACGUUCCUCUACUGGUGACUGUUCCUGUCCCAGCUACUACAGUUAGGGAUGGGGUGGGAUCCUGGCAGAGAGAACUGCUGCAUUGCUCUUGGACCUUCCCCUUUACCCCAGAGGCUGAGGCACAAGGGUUCAAGUAAGAAGGAUGACCAAUACCUGUAACACCAACUUUAUUUUUAAAUCUGAAAGUGACUUGGGAAAGUUUUAGCAAAAAAAAAAAAAAAUCAACAGAAACAAGUUAUGAAAAUAUUUGACCAGCUUCAUCUUUGGUUAUUUCUUAUUGUGACUUUCUACGGACAGAAUGUCUCAUAGCUGCAGCCAUAGCACGAAGGGAAGAAAAUCAGUCCAUAUAUAAACCAUCUAACCAGCUGGUUGUAUCACAUGUUGACAAAUAUAUAAAGCAGGCCCUAGGGCCUACAAAACCAGCCCCACUCUCAACUACAAAAUUGAAAGUUUUAUGGGGCAGAACUUUUAAGAUGCCUUCAUAAAUAAGAAAAUAGAUUAAUCAAUUGGAAAAUAUCUUUGAAUAUGUUAGCUAAGAGCCAGGACCACCACACUGCCUUGCCUUCUUCUUGCAUAGAAAUGUAGUGAUGUGGUCUGACCAUGCAGUAAGUGCAAAUAACAAUUAUUCAAGUGUCUUAGACAUACUGGCAAGUAGUCUUCAGGUCUGAGAAUUUAUCAUGCCUUUGUGGCUUCCUGGUCAGUUCCAGGUUCCAUCUAGUAGCUUAUAUACCCUAGGAAAGGGCAAGAGACACAACAGGGGCAGGAGAAGACCUGGGGUAAUAGCUGCCUGCCAGCAUGAACUAGAACUAGGAAUCCUCUGGUCCUGUCUGGGGAAGUGCAUUGGGAGCUCAGGUGGGAGCCGGAGCUCCUUUUAUAUUUCGGAGGCUUGGUAUCAGCUUUUGGCCCUAGCUAGGAAGUCCUCUCACUUCUGCAUCCCCUCUCAUACACAGUGGGUACUGGGAACCUCAAGGUUAAGUCUGGCUUGGCUGCUUUGGGCUCCAGGGAAGUCAACACUGCCCCAAGAGGGCCCUGUGGUGAGGCCAGAAUUAAACCCCAUCACCCAUCCUGCUGUCCUUGUGUUUUCAGGCCUUUGCCUGAGACAGAGAAAGGGAUUGGAGCCAAGCUUCUUGGCCUUCUUUCUUCUACCUCCAUCUCCUCAGAGGUACCUUGAAGACAUGGACUGGCCCCUUUGGGCCUGGGCUCAAAACCGUUUUCUUCUUGGGGACUGGAGCAGUCCAUGGCCUCAUGGGCUAGAGGAGCUGAUAAGGCAGAUGCUCGGAAUGGUGGGAUCUCUUUUACUCUGUACUUGAGACUACUGAGAAGUGGUGGGGGGCCGUCUGAAAGUGAGUCUUGGCCCACAAAUGGAUAUGCCUCUUGAUGAAAGAACUCUGGUAAACCAGGCAAAGAACGCCACCGGCGAGCAAGCGGGGUCAAGGGCUCCUGCCAGUGCUUCCGUGGCAUGAUUCCAGGCCUCGGUGCAUCCAGGUCAAAUACCAAGGAGAAGAAAGAUUUGCUGGGUUGAUCAAAUAACUUGGUCUUGCCACACUUGAGGUCCUGGCGAGUGCUGAAGGGGUUGAUUUUGGGGGUGUGGGUAGUACUACCUUGUUGUGGCUGGUAGUAGGGGUCUGAGACAUUCACUGUAUGUGGAGGCUUAUGGGAGAAGAUGUCUGACUGGCUUCGAGACAGCCCUAUGAAACGCCUCGGGCAUGGAGACUUGGGUGGGAUCUUGUCAUCCAGUGAGCUCAGUCGCUUCACCCCAGGUCCUUUCUCCAGCAGUCCUGAAGAAUAGUGGGUCAAAUUAGGGUUAGUCACACAAACAUCAAAAGAAGCAACAUUUUAUACCACAAAGUGUCUUCACUCAGGAAAGCAAAGUAGGUAGUGUUAUCUCCAUUUCACCAAUGAGAACAGAGUAAAAGAAGGAAGGCAAUAUGCCAAGUCAUAACUCGAGUCCAGUACUUUUCCCAUCAUCCCUUUCCCUUCCCUUGCUCAGGAUAUGGGAUCCUGUAAUCACAGCCUUAGAGUGGAAGGUCCCUAAUUUCCUCCCUUAGGAUCAGGUUGGACACUGGUCUAAUCUCUUACCCUUGACCUGUUGCUUUCUUUCCCUCUCCAGCUCUUCCUUCUGUAGGCAGCUGUGAAUUUGCUCCAAGGUCAUCUCAAUCUCCACGAAGGGUGGGCGCAGUUUGGGGUCCAUCUGUAGAUAUCCACAUCUGCUAUUAGCCCUCCCCUCAUCUUCCACCCCAAGGAUGGCAGUUAGUCAGUUUCUAGCAUCUUUGAAGAUUCAGAUGUGUGUCUUAAGAAGUCUGAAAGCCCCAGACCAUGAAAUGACCCCCAAAGCUAAGGUCAGAGAAGACCAUAGGCCUUGGACCAGUGGAAUCCAUAGCCCAACUAAAAGUUAAUCUGAGAUCUGUCAAUAUCCAAGGCUGGGGAUGGCAGGUCUACCCUGCAGGAUAAGGACAGGAUAAUACAAAGCAAUAUUCUUUUCCUUGGUCUAAGGAUCAUAGGCCAGAGGCAGGGACAUGAGCACUCUCUCAUCAAUGAAGUUCAUCAUUAGUAGACUCUCCUUUAGUCCUAACAUGGUGAUAAGGAUUCAGCCAAAGUCCCCUCUGACCAAAGUCAAGGGGAAAGAGGCACUUACAUUGCAACAGUUGAAGGUGAGCUGCAGAAAUUCUGGGGGACAGUCUCCCACCAUGUCCUGGAAAGCAUCAUAGUCCAACCCGAAGUUCUGUGGAUGAGUAUAGUGGAAAGGGAACAUGGGACUUGGGUAGACAGGCCAUUAAUUUCUCCACCCAUCCUGGCCUGCUCAGGAGAGGCCUAAGAAGUCACCACACAGAUUGCGUUCCAGCAACUCUCACCCAGGAACAAAUUAGUUCCAUAGCCUCAAAACCAGCCCCAUCCCAUUGGCACUGAUCCCCAUGCUAGCAGCUCACCUCUGUGCGGGGAAGAUAGUCCGGAUCAGCCUGGAUGCGGGCGAUGAUCUCACAGAGGAUGAUACCAUAAGAGAACACGUCCGCCUGGUGGACAGUGAGACCUCAGCUUCUCUCUCAAAGGGGAAAGGUGGAAUUUCUGCCCCUCAUGACCACCCACCCAGGCCUGGAAUCUAUUGCCCAUUUAUUUAAUCCAUUUACUGGGCAGCUGCCAGGUACUAUCCCUGCUCUUGGCAGAAAGGAUGAAGAUCAUUAUCUUGAACAUAAAGAGUAAUCCUUGAUACUUUCUGCUAAGAGUGGAUGCUAAGGAGAAACCAGGCCUUUAGGGUUCCCAGACUCACCUUCUCGUUGUAGGGCUCAUUUCGGAGAACCUCAGGUGCCAUCCAGAAGGGUGAGCCCACCACAGCCAGCUUCUCACUCCCCAUGCUGUGGGGUGGGAUUAUAUGGAAGAUGAGGUGGCCAGUGGCUGGUGCAAUGGGAUAUCAGGCCAUUGGGAAUUCCUCUCCCAGAAAUGGGCAGACUGACCAAAAUUUAGGGGUCUGAUUUUGUGACCAAAUCCUGGCCUUUGGGAAGGUAAUUAGCAUUUUCCCUUCUGUGACCCAGGUUACCUACCUGACAUCAGGGAUUUUCUCAGCCAGGCCAAAGUCAGCUAUCACUGCAGAGUAACCAGUCUCAUUCUUCUUUAUCAGGCAGUUCUAAGGUUCCCCAAAAAGAAGACAAUGUGGCCAUAAAUAGGAACCAGCCAGUCAAAGAGUUACCACCCACUCGUCUCUCCUACAGGGCACCCUGUCCUCUGCUCCUUGGUGAACCACACUGUUAGGCUGACCUUGGUAUCAGACUUGGGAACCCUGAUAGGCCUGUGAAAUGAGUUAGGCCUGGACCUUGGGUGCCAUUCUAAGAUUAACAUCAUUCUCCAAACAAAUAUUUAUCUUUGCUUUCUAUGUACUUGGAAUGAUUCUAAGUAUUAGAGACCUCAAUAAACAGAAAUCCUAUCCUCUUGGAGCUUACAAUUUAUGGAGGAAGACAAACUAUCAAGUCCCUGGGCUCUCUUCCU